UACCAACAAACACCCAACGAGAAGUUAAAACCUGGAGGAAAGGGGAAGCAUAGUCACACAGUUAGCUAAAUAAACCGUGUAGCCAACAUGGACCAAGAAAAAUAUCCGCGCUCAUCGAUUGAGGAUGAUUUUAAUUACGGCACGAACGUUGCUACUGCCAGUGUCCAAAUCCGUAUGGAUUUCCUACGCAAAGUAUACACGAUCCUUUCAUUGCAGAUAUUUAUAACUACAGCGGUGUCUGCCCUGUUCAUGUUCUGUGACCCCGUCAAAAACUUUAUACAUUCAAGUCCCUCUGUGGUACUGCUGUCAGCAAUUGGAUCCCUGGUUUUGAUUGUUGCCUUGGCUGUCUACCGACACCAGCAUCCUAUCAACCUCUAUUUACUUUUGGGAUUCACUUUGUUAGAAGCUGUGUCUGUGGCCACAGCUGUAACUUUCUAUGAAUACUCGAUAGUACUCCAGGCCUUCAUCCUCACAACCGCUGUAUUUGCUGGCCUGACUGCAUACACUUAUCAGUCAAAGCGGGACUUCAGCAAGCUUGGCGCCGGGUUGUUUGCUGCCCUGUGGAUCCUGAUCAUUGCCAGCUUUAUGCGGCUGUUCUUCCACAACGACACGGUAGAGCUGGUAUUUGCCGGUUCCGGCGCCCUGAUCUUCUGCGGCUUCAUCAUCUACGACACCCACCUGCUCAUGCGCAAGCUGUCGCCCGAGGAGCACGUGCUGGCCUCCAUCAACCUCUACCUGGACAUAGUCAACCUCUUCCUGCACAUCCUGCGCAUCCUCGACUCAAUGAAGAAACACUGAAAGUCUGCAUGUCCACCCCAUCACCUCGUCCCACCCCAGUCCCACCCAAAUCCCACCCAAAUCCUGCCUUCACCCCACCCCCUUAGGCUCAGCUUCUACAAGAUGACAGGUGAAUAUAGAGUAAUGCCAUGUUGGUAAAGUUGGAUGGAUGGAUGAAUGAAUGAAUGAAAUUAAUCACAGCACUUUUAUGGACUUUUUUUUUUUCUCCAUAUAUCUUUUUUGUUUUAAAAGUAUGUAUUAUAACCUGGGUGUGAUGCCCCUUAUUCUCUUUAUUCAAAAAUGAUUUCGAGUUGGUGUUAAAGCUUUUUUGGAACUUGAUAUAAAGCCAAAUGUCAUUGCUCUUGCAUGCUUAACUGUGCCUCCAAUGUAUUCUGAAAUAUGUGCAGCAGUUGAGUUUUCUAGUCCAUUAUAGUUACACUUAUUCAAAAUAUUGUAAUACUUCCGAUCUCAACUCGGAGCAUGACUCGGUGGGUGUACAGUUCUGAAUAGGGACCACUUGUGAUUUGUAUUUGUUUACUCUUGUGAGAUUAGUCUGUUGAUUCCGUGGAUGUGAUCACUCCUUAAUGGUUUUUGUACUGGUGAACAGGGAACAAAAUAUUAAUUCUGAGCAGUGGUUGGUGAGCUUUGGAUGAUUAUGGUAAUCUUUGAAUAUCCGCUUUUAGUGUAUAACCAUGGCAUAUGUUUACUCAUUCAGGAAACAAGGCAGUACUAAUCAGUUAAAUGUGUUCAGAAAAGCUACAGUGCAGCUGAAACAUUUGACUAUUGUUUAUUUCAUAUGGAAUAAUUUCAUAUAGCAUAAAAUCCAUAUUUCUUACAAUCUCCAAUUGCUUAUGCAAUAGUAAAACCGAUGUGACAUUCUUAAAAAUGGAGCAUAAACUAUAAUGAGGACACUGCCGGUUUUGGUGUUGUAAUAUUUGUCAUGGCAGCGUCAUCCACUCAUCUUUUGGGACUAACCUGUUUAUGAUGACAGCAGUCCUGUAAAUGAGACAACAGAGUUCUUGAAAAUAAUGUUAAAAGUACCUGCAGUGCUGUUUUGUAUGUCUGCCAUUGUCUUUGGAUAUUAUGCUGUGAAUAUCCUGGAAGGGGACUUCACUAGGCUUUGGAUUUAACUUUAAUUUAUUACCACAAGUGCAAUACUUAUUUUACUGGGGACAUCCAAAUAAUUGUUUAAUAGUUUCAAUCAACUGAACUGUAAUGAAUGGAAAUUAAAAUAUUUAAAAACAAAUAUACCAAAACGUUUGAGCCUCCAGUAUUCAUUCCUGUAAUAUGGUCCGUCACUUUCUUCUUUGUCGCUUGUACUAAACAUUCGCGAAGCAUGUAUCUACUCAUUUCUACCUCUUUAUAUGUUAUUUGGGUGUAAUAUUUUGACUGAAAAAUGAACAAGACGUAGCCUAUUAUAUAAAUACCAGGCCAAAAGUCGGAGUUUUACUUUCUCUUUCGCUUCCAGUAAAUAGUCAAUCUGCAUGCAUUCUUGAAAGGCAAAAACAUCAGUUUUGCAGACCUCGUGUUU